AUAACUGAAAAGGCAAUCCCCAUAUUUGAAGAAUUACAUCCUGAUGAUAUUAGUGUAUUUGCAUUUGAUAAUGCAACAAGUCAUGUAGCAUAUGCUGAAGAUGCUGAAGAUGCACUUAUUACUUCACGAAUGAAUCUUAAACCUGGUGGUAAAGGGAAAUUUAAAGAUAGAUUAAUGCCUAAUGGAUCA